UGGACUUGGCCAGGCUCAAGUCCACCGCCAGCGACGCAGUGGUCGGGCCGCCGUCUGGCCCGGACAAGCCAGAAGUGACUGACGCACAGACAGCCAGAACAAAAAACACGGCACGAACCUGGACCAUGUCUGCGCAGGAAACAGGAAGUUCAGAGACAAGAAGUGAGUCGUGGCGAAGAUGGAACCAACGCAGGUCUCAAGAUCACAUCCGCGACCUAAAACAGAGAGUUUCAGCUUCCGUCCGAAGGAGGAUCCGGGUGAUCACGUUCGUAAAGUUGGGUUCCUCACCAUCUGAGGAUGUUCUGACGGUUGAACAUCCUCACGCUUGAGGUGUUUCUGAUAAAGAGACUAAACGUGUUCUGAGAUGCGUUGGCUGACGCGCGUGAACCAGCAGCUGUUAGCAUCCUGCUAAUUUCACUUUUGGCCUCAAUUUCACAAACAGUCGUAUUUCGGUCGUCCCCCGAACCCGCCUAGAGAACUCGCCCAGUCGCUCGGCUCCCGGGGACCCGAAUCUUGAGGGGACCAUAAACGCGUACACGUUGUUUACGCGCGCGGUAUAGCAAAACACUUCUCCCUCGGAAAUGAAGAUCGGCGCGAGUUUACCUGGACACAAGGAACCCACUGGACAGUAGCGCUCCCAACCGAACUGGUUCUCUGUCGAUCGCGUGGACUCAGCUCAGCAGGUUCUCUGGGCGUUCUUGCUAAAGAUGCUAAUGACGGGAACUCCGUGCUGCGUUCACGGAAGCCCGGAAUUGAAUGCGACGCUUUCCGCAACGAAUAAAGACAGAGCGACAAACGGCACAACUGUCACAAAUAAAAGUGUUUGGAAUUAAAAAAUAUAUAUAUUCAAUUGCCUCGUAUUUAGUUCUAUUUGAGUCUUUGUAGUAGGGGGUUGGUCGUUGACGUCAGCAACAAAGGAGGCUGCAACUGAAUUGGCGGACAUGGUGGGGUAAACGUUACUCCUCGAGGGGGCGCCGACGCUCACGUCCAAAUAUGACGGCGAAGAAGAAAGCAGGAAGUAAACAUGGCUGAGUUGAAUCGUCAGCUUCAGGACUACCUGGCGCAAUCUAAGGGGGUCAAAACUGCCGCGCAGGCCAGCCCCAGCACCACGGUGGACAUCGGAGAUUCAGACUUUGUUCCCGGCAGCUGGUUUGGACGGUGGUCGAGCCCGUGGUCUGGCGCAACCGCUGGACAGAACUCCGGCACAAGCAGCGGAUCGUCGUGGCCGUGGUCGUCCGAGCCAGACCCCUGCCUGCCGGGUCUGAGUCGACGCCAGCGGUUGGUGAUCUCUGGCGUCUGCGCGGCAUUCUCGGCGCUCUGCUUCGGCCUUUCCGCGAUCUACGCGCCGCUGCUGCUUCUCUACGCGCGGAAGUUCGCGCUGCUCUGGUCGCUUGGUUCAAUGUUCGCGCUCGCUGCUGCAGCGGUUCUGCGCGGACCCACCAAGCUCUUCGCUGGACUGAUCACGUCACCCGGGGCUGCUGUCUACCUAUGUGCCCUGGGAGGGACUUUGUACUCGGCCCUGAGCCUCCACAGUACCUUGCUGACAGCACUCGGAGCCGCCGUCCAAAUCACCGCCAUAGUCGGCCUCCUCGUGUCUCUGCUUCCCGGAGGUAGCGCCGGGAUCCGGUUCAUGGCGAGCCUGGUUGCGAGCGCCAUCAAGAGGGUUGUGACCGGAAAGACCGUGUCUAUCUGAGCCCAGUGCAACCUGCUUCAGGGACUGUCCUUUACACCUUGCUUAAUGAUUAACAGCUCCUCCUCUUCAACUGCCACACGACGAACUUCAGAAGUGUCAAACUUUAUUGUCACGUCAGUGAAAACACGAACAGAAAUUUUGUACAAAAAAGAUUUUCACAAUAAAAUAUCUGGCUGCUGAGUGGAGAAGUCUUGUCACAUGACUCCAGUUAGCCGGGUCGACCCCGCAUGCCUCCCCGUGGUCCUCGUCUAAGAGGCGGUCCUGGUCCGCCUCCGGGGCCCCAGCUACCUCGACCACUCCGGCCUGAUCCACCGUAGCUGCCGUCAUCCCUCUGAGACUGACCUGCUGGCACACAAUGUUUGUUCAAGUGGUGGUCAGCAGGGGAUGGAAACUCGGGAGUGUUUUGAAAAAGGGGUGUUUCUACCAUGUAAUAACAUUAGAGAAGUAAUUCAAGAAAUUUGUUGAGAGAUCUGUUGUACUGUACUCCAAAGUUAUCAUCACAAUGCACACAUGCAACGAUAACAAAACGGUUCUUAUAACUUCAUUAAUGCAACAGGUGUUUCAUACUUAUGAACACUACUAAUAUUUGAAUAAACUAUAUCAAGUCA